GAGUUUUGUCAAAUGAAUAAUCAGGAUUAGCAAUAAGCAAUUAUCACACAGACUAUCAUCAUCCCACAUCCUAUAAACAAAAAAACAUAUAUAGUUUGCUUUUGUUUACACUGUAUUAUUGUGAGGAAGCUCAUAAAGUAUGGGGAAAUGUAUGCUUUUUAUGCAUAAUGCAUGCUAAAUGCAUUUACUUUUCUGAAGAUAUGCAGAUAUUUUUCCGAAGUAGGACUGCAGUGAAUGUUGCUUUCUCUAAAGACAACAGAGUUCCUCAAUAACUCACUGCUUUGACUCAGAUGUAAGUUUGAGCAAGUCAUUCUUGAUUGUGCUACUCUGGCUUGGAAAUUUAUGAAAAAUAAAAAUUCAGUGAUUCAAAUUGUAUGUGCCGUAAGACAUUAUCAUGAUUUUUAAUCUCCAUAAGAAUUUAUAUGGAAAAAUGGUUUGUAUACUGUUUUGUUCUAUUAGAGCCCACACAACAAAUUAUGGUUGGAAAUUGCAACCCAUUUCACCCACCUUUAAUAUCAAACCAAGGGGCUACUCCACAAUGAGCCCUUCUUGGUUUGCUGUUUGGUGUCCUGGAGAAGUCAGGACAGCUGGUUGCUACCCAUUGGCCAAUAUGGUGCAGCGGAAUCCUGCGUCAGUGGAGAACAACUGAAGAAAAGCAAAGCUUUUGUCCUCAGAAAGGCUGCCAACAUUCCUAACUGAGGGAGUCUGUUCAUAAAGGUGUUGUCAAGAUAACAGCCUGCUCGCAGUUUCUAAGGGAUGUUCCCUAGGACCAGGGAAACAUGUCGAACCAAUGCAGAGUAAUUAUAAGAAAGAUCAAGUCAUGAUAGUGCCCAAUAGCAGCUCUCUGAGAAAAGUAUUUUAACUAGGUAAAACUGGGCAAUAUGUGUAUCUGUGUGUGUCUAUUCAUAUACAUAUUGUACAUACGCACAUACAUACUGUACAUACAUAUAGCUGCUUAAUCAGUAGCAAUAGGUGUGUUUUCUUUGUAGUUUGAAUGCUUGCUUGGUUAAGAUACCCCACAUGUAAAAUGAAGCUGUUUCUAAUGUUCUGAAUGGGUGAAAAUGUCUCUAUGUUGAUCGUGGGGUUUUUGUUUUUCAUUUCAUUUUUCGUUGAAUAUCAUAUAAUGGCAUGCUCUGUUCCCCUAACAUGGCUGUCAAGAAAAUGUAAAAUAUGUGGACAUGAACUCUUUUGAUGUAUUGUAAUGGUUGUAAGCUAGAAGAUAAAUUCAACAAUGAAACAACAAUCUGGGGAUGGUGGAAGACUGUGCUGAAUAAGUUAAUUGGCUAUUAUUACUCAAAUCCAACUCAGAUAAUUCUUUGCACGACACGUGAUGACAAUGUUUGAAUGACGCACAAUUCUUAGACAAUAAUAAUAAAGGCCUACAGAAUUUGGAUGAGGCAUACUCUAUUAAUUUCAAACUAAAUUGGGAGCUUUACUGACCUUGCGGUCAAAUUAGCAUCGAUGUGAAAUAACUGAACAUUGACGCCUUCCGUUGACGAAGAAUCCAGUUUGCCUGAUAAAAAAAAGUAUCCGUGAAUGACAAUGCCUUUUUUUGUUUGAGUUGGACUAAACGGCCUAUUCGAGUUUGAAAAGCUGGUGCAAUCGUAUGGUUGGGUAUAUAAAGCAGCUGGUCACUGAACAUGAAUUCACUUCAGCGUACAGCAGCAGUGGGAUAGCACAACUACUUGUUCACCCCAGGCCGAAGGAGGACAGUGUGAGUAGACUUCUGAUGAUAUUGCAGAAGGUCCCCAAUUAAGUCACAGACGAUGCUUGUGUCACAAAAACACCUCCAGUCCACGGCUGUUAUGGUCAUCAUUAUAUUUUCGUUUGCCUGGUGUCAGGAGAAUGAGAGGCGGGCCGUGACAGAACACCAGCUGAUGCACGACCGCGGUCGGGCCAUGCAGAGCCUGAAGAGACUCAUGUGGCUGUCCAACACCAUGGAAGGGCUGCACACAGCCCAGGCCAGGACCCCCGAGCUGGAUUCUGACCCCCCCACGGACUGCAGGGCCCAGGCCACACAGGAGGUCCUGUCCCAGCUGGAGAGGGGGGCCAAAAGCAGCACCCUGGGAAGCCUGCUGCAAGUGCUGUGGUGCUCUGUCCGCAAACCCCACCUCACCGGCCUCCCCGCGAGCGAGAAAUAGCCCCGGGGGAGAAACGUCGCCGCCUCCUCGUCGAUCAGAACUGUACAGCAGAGCAUGGGCUGUAUUGGUUCUCACUCCCCUGAAAUUAAAAUGCUUUGUCUCUCAUCCCAUCCUUCUUGUAAUGGGGAUUUCGAAUAACUUAUUAAGUAUAACUUAAUUGUUGGGUUUAACAUACCCCUGAAGUAAGUGGUGGUUUGUGAACUUGGAUGGAGUUGGAUGAGACCUUACCUGUAAAUUGAUCAUCAGUCUCAAUCUGCUUCAGUAUUUUUUUUUUUUUUUUGGCUUGAUGAACAUGUGUGCCAGGUGUCUGCAUAGUUAAUGCAUAAUUACAUUUCUCUUCGGACAAAUUUCGAUGUCUCACGUUGUGCUGUCUUCUUUCUUCAUGUCAGGUGAGAGAACUGAAAUUAUAUUGAGUUCAAUUUAGUCAAAUCAAUUUGAUGAAAGUUAAGAGUAGCCUAUACUUCGAAUAAGAUAUGUAACUGUGUACUGCACCACCUUUCUGUGCAAUGUGCAGUAAAGGCUAGUGAAUAUAUUGAGAUAUGUAAUAUAUGGCUUAAUGUUAUAGCCUUUUGAUAUUUUUGAGUACUUAUUACGGUUACUUUUGAGUACUUAUUAAAUCACGCUGUUUAUAUAAUUGUUUUAGAACCCCACAGCAGGCAUAAUAAUUAUUAAUGGCAUCUGUUCAGCAAUCUAAAAAUCUUUAUUUAUUGUUUUAGUUUAUUGUCACUGAAGAGUAUAAUUCUUAUGAAAUGAUUAUGAAGUAAAUUUCUCUGCAGCAUUUCAUUUUGUGAGGUUAUUUUGAGGUGGGUUAUAGUCUUUUCUUGCCACUCUGCUUUCUCAUUGGCUGCUGAAAGUCUUACCUGGGAUGCAAAGAAAGUCUGGAUGCAUAUGUGGGUUGUUAUGGAA